GAUGGAGAUGGCAGCUGCUCUUGGUAACCAUCGUAAGUUAUUCCGUCUGAUACGGGAAACGAGCAGCAGAAGACCUGGUGUUAGUGAAACUAUACGUGACGAGAGUGGACAGCCUAUCCACAACUUAUCAAAACGCUUGGAACGUUGGGAUGAGCACUUUGGAAGGCAAUUUAAUCGGUCGGAAUUUUUAGAUUUCUCACCUACCAGUGAUCGCCCUGCUCCGUGGGCUGUUCCUUUAGAUCCACCCUCUCGCUCAGAAGUCGAACGUGAGAUCGAACUGUUGAAUUUAAACAAAGCCGCGGGACCUGCUCUUGUGGAUGAUUUACACGAGUUACUAGUCAAACUGUGGGAGCAGGAAACUGUCCCAACCGAUUGGAGCCGCUCCAUCAUAGUCCCAAUUUUCAAGGGAGGCUCACGAUCGGAAUGCGGCAGCCAUAGAUGAAUCAAUCUGGUCUCCAUCGCCUCUAAAUUGCUUGCCUCUGUCAUCCUUCACGGGCUGACUGACACUCGUAAAAGCCAGAUGCGUGAGGAGCAA